AGAUCACUAUUAUAUUCUUCAUCAAUAAUCGAGAAUUUCUGAUUGUUUACAUGAGAACUAUGCCUCUUUCCAGCCUCAAAUUGUGUGGUGGGGGACUGUGAGAGUUUGCUCAAAUUAUCCAACCAUAGUUAUCACUACAAAUGUGGUUAGAUAUCUGCACAACCUACAUGGUCACGUGUUUACGCCUCUAUUCUUUUCUCUCGUUGAUUGAAAACUAGAAUCACAUUCGCUUAUUCAGCUUGUUAAUACUUUAGUUAGACUUCCAUUAAUCAACUUUGCCAGAAUUUCAUAGAGACUGAGAGAAAGUCACAAUAAAACACGUCUUGUGUGGUACUGAAAAUCAUGACAAUGGAGAAGGAAUUCAGUUCUGACAUUUUGCAACCGAUUCCCUUGGAGGAGUGGUCAUCUCUUCAGAAAUUAUUACAAGUUGACUGGCCAAUGUAUAGUAAUUACUAUUACUGGAUGGAAAAUUCUAUAAGAUGGAAAACACGAGAUCCAGGUAUGGACCUCGAGGUGUAUGCACCUCAAGGAACAUAUCAAAAUGAUGCAACGUUUGUCGGAAUAUCCAAGCAUUCAAUGUAUAGUAUUGUUGUUUUCACAAGAGAAUCUUCUGGACAACGAUUAUACAACGCAAUAGUUGAAACAAACCGAAUCAACUGGAAUAAAGGGGUUACAUUCAGCGGAAUUCACGAAUGCGUGCAGUCGUUUGUGUUUUCUGCAUUAGCAACCCUUGAAACUACCAGAGGAAUUGAAAUACACGAAGAAAAGCCAGGAUGUUUUUAUUUCAAAACUGCUUCAGAUUCUGCUAAUAUGAAAAUACGAGUGCCAGAUGAGUGUUAUUUGGGAGAUUUGAAUUCAUCACACGUUCCAACAAUACAUAAGAUAUAUCCACAUAUUGAUGCGGAACAGCCCGAAAACUCAAUGGCAUAUUUGGAAACCACAAUAAAACUCAAUAAGGGUUUUGGUCUCUUUUUGAAAAAAGGAGAUAUACUAGUAUCGUGGGCUAUUCAUUCUGAAUGGUAUGGUUUGGGAAUGGUGCAGACACAGGAGAGAUAUAAAAAACGAGGCUAUGCUAAAGUAGUAGUUCUUGCACUGGCUAAAUGGCUCGGAGAAAGAGGAAUAUCUCCGAUUCUAUCUAUAGUGGUUGGAAAUACUAUAUCUGAAAAUAUGUUUUCAUCCCUCAAUUGGAAACCUAACCAUCUAGCAACGUGGAUAACUAUGAAAAGAAUUUUUAAAACAUCACCUGAGCCGGCUUCAUGAUCUUACUAUCACAAUAUAAAGCAGUUUUUGGACUCA